UUUUAAACUUCGUUGAUAAGGAUUUCUGUAUGCAGACUGUGGUGGGUGGUUGCUCAUCUAGAAGGGUAUAAAUAGCGAUCAUUCUGCUUGAAGAAGGUACAGUUUGUCAACCAAGCAGUAAACCAAUCACAACCAGCAGCGAUGUUCGCCAAAAUCAUUUUCUUCUGCGCCCUAGCCGUCGCAUGUAUUUCCGCCAAGCCAACCUACUUCCAAGCCGUCCCAUCGUUGGCCUAUGCUUCUCCGUAUGCUGUCGCUUACAGUGCACCGUACACGGCAGGUUACACGGCUGCUGCCCCGCUGACCGCUGCAUAUACCGCUGCCUAUCCAGCUGCCUAUUCGGCUGCAUACACUGGCCUGCCAUAUGCUGCCUACAGUUCGGUUGUUCUGUAGAUACAUGUGUUAUGGAGAACCCGGAUGGGGCUCAUCGGGAAAUGAUGUUAGCUUGAACCGUUUUAUCGGAUUGGACACUCGCUUUGGAACCAUUAGAAGUAAUAAAGGCACUGUUUAACUACAAAUCGA